CUCUGCGUCAACAGCGGCUCCGGAGGGUCCGUUUGUUUGGCUCCUUCUCGGGGUGUUUUCUCCACGUUACCGGGAGGAACACCGACCGGCCUCGGCUGCUGCACACGCACGGAGCUCCGGUUCAGGACAAUCACUACCCGUCGGCCUUUUUGAGUCUCCGCUUCACCUGUAGACCUUCCUGGUUUGUCUGAUGUCUGUCUGAGCGACUGAUCGUCCACCUGAAGCUCCAGCCUCCAUCUGCAGCAGCACCAUGACUGUAUGAUGUCUGAGAGCAGCUGCUAUGGCCUGCAGCAGCGGUCAGAACAAUGCCGAGACUCUGGAGGGCUUCCAUGAGGUGAACCUGGCCUCGCCCACCACACCUGACCUUCAGAACCAAGCGGACCAGCGCCCCCCGGCCCGCCACAGCGCCCCGCCCACCUCCCUGUACCGGACCCACUCCCUGGGAGCUCCUCCCCCGGGCCUCCCCACCUCGCUGAGGGCCGACCAGCUCCCCACGCAGCCGGUGUACUCCACGCCCCGACACAGCCACAAUGGAAGCGUACCGGGCCUGGAGGCGGAGUCGGCCGACGGUAUCCCAGGAGACGACGGCGAGGAGAUGAGCGCCCUGAGCGACAGUCUGUCGAGGCUCCGCAGCCCCUCGGUCAUGGAGGUCAGAGAGAAAGGAUACGAGAGGCUGAAGGAGGAGCUGGCAAAGGCCCAGAGGGAGCUGCUGUUGAAGGAUGAGGAGUGUGAGAGGUUGUCUAAAGUCAGAGACCAGCUCGGCCAGGAGCUGGAGGAACUCACCGCCAGCCUCUUCCAGGAGGCCCACAAGAUGGUGAGAGAAGCCAACGUCAAGCAGGCCAACGCUGAGAAACAGCUGAAGGAAGCCCUGGGCAAGAUUGAUGUCCUCCAGGCCGAGGUCCAGGCCCUGAAGACGCUGGUGCUGUCCUCCCCCACCUCCCCCGUCGGAGAGCUCCCCUCUGCAGGAGCCAAGACCCCCUUCAGAAAAGGCCACAGCAGGAACAAGAGCACCUCCUCGGCCAUGCUGGGGACGCAGCCCGACCCGUCGGCCACGCAGCCCAUCGUGCGGGAGUGCAGAGAGCUGGACGGCCAGCUGUUCGGCGAGUUCAAGGCCUGGAAGGAGGAGCCGACGCUCGACCGGAGCUGCUGCUUCCUGGAGAGGGUUUACCGCGAGGACAUCUACCCCUGCCUCACCUUCAGCAAGAGCGAGCUGGGUUCGGCCAUCUUGGAAGCCGUGGAGCAGAACACGCUGAGCGUCGAGCCGGUCGGGUUCCAGCCGCUGCCGGUGGUCAAGGCCUCGGCGGUGGAGUGCGGCGGACCAAAAAAAUGUGCCCUGAGCGGUCAGACCAAAACCUGUAAGCACAGAAUCAAGUUCGGAGAUUCGUCCAACUAUUACUACGUGUCUCCCUACUGCAGAUACAGAAUCACGGCGGUGUGUAAUUUCUUCACCUACAUUCGCUACAUCCACCAAGGGCUGGUCAAGCAGCAGGACGGUAAGAAACACAGAAGGUUAGAUGGAUCGUUAGUGGACACGAGUCUGUUGGAGAGUCAGUAAACCACCACAGCACAAAGUGACCUCAUAGAUACUCACAGAGAGACAGAAACGUGUCUGUGGUUGAGAGAGAACGACUUUACUUUUGGUGCCAAAGUGGGCCAAAC